UUCUUGUGAUUGUGGGUUUGGCCGGUCGAAUCUCCAACAAUACCAAAAUUCUACACCCUUUUCAUUCGGGUGACGAAUGAGAUGCUAUCACUCAAUACCAAAAUACUACUGUACUUUUCAUUCGGCUGAUAGUUUUUUUUUUUUGGAAAAGAUUCGGCUGAUAGUUUCUUCGAGCAUCAUUUGUUGGAGCAUCCAUUUUCUCACCACUCCUGCAUAUAUUCCGACACAUUUCUCAUCACAGAUCAUAGGCUGCCCUAACUAUAAGACCUCUCUCUCUCUCUCUCUCUCUCUCUCUCUCUGUGUAAUGUUUUUUUAAGAUACAGAGCUAAAUGGAGUUUUUUAACAUCGCAAAGAAGGUGCGCCUCCGCAGCCACCACAACAAGUACCUCUACGCCUACGAAGACGAAGAAUCCGUAAUCCUAAUCCCACGCCGGAAAGGGUCAUAUCAAAAUGCCCGCUGGACUGUCGAAUUCAACGAGGACAAAAUCCGUCUGAAGAGCUGUUACGGGAGGUACCUCACCACCUCCUACAGGACCUGCUGCCUCAUGGGCAUGAUCGCCGGCCUGAACGCGGUCCACACGGAAGCGGAGGUAGCGUGCAGCUCGUGGGUGGAGUGGGAGCCGAUAAGAGAAGGCCACCUGGUGAAGCUCAAGACACGGUACGGGAACUUUCUGCGGGCGAACGACGGGGGUAUCCCGCCGUGGCGGAACUCCGUUACUCAUGAAGCUGUAUCGCCUCGGAAGGCGAAGCAGGAUUGGAUCCUGUGGGAUGUUGAUGUAUUGGAGAUUUUACCGGACAUUUCACCGGGGCUGCAACCGGGUACCGAAUCCGAGUUGGACCUAUACCCAGAAGAAUUGUUCCAGUCCGAGUCCGAGUCCAAGUCGGACCUCUACCCAGAAUUGUUUGAGUCCUUGCACAACUCCAAAUACUCUCAUGUGUUAUAUUAGUUUUUUAUUAAUUAAAAAAAAAUCUAUGUUACUGGCCCUUGCGAA